UUUUUUCCCCUCCUCCCUAUGUUUUACACACACAGCUGAGAGCAGAGGCAGCCAGUCAGAGAAAAAAGACCCACCUCGACCCCCAGACGAGAACGGGCAGCAGCGCUGGCAUCCGCCGUCUCUUUGUUCUACACUGGCUCUGACAACAGCAAAGUCACAUUUGAACAUUUUAUUCCUCAAUGCCAUCGCGAAGAUUCACGGAGAUGGACUCGCACGGGACUGAGUACAUGGAUCAUUGUGGGUCAACUGCAAAGAGGAGGAGGCAUGACAGCGAACAGUCCAUCUCCAGUGGAACCACUGGCCUGGAGUACACGGACCUGGAGGCAGCUGAAGCUCUGGUGUGUAUGAGCUCUUGGGGCCAGGGCCUCUUCACUGGCAGCAACACGCCGAAACCCUGCAAGCCCAGACCCCUCACCCCGGCUUCGGACUCUUGUGACUCCCUCCUGCCGCCAGAAAUCCCAGAGCCCCCAAAGGACUUUGUGUCCCUCUCCUCCCUGUGUAUGACUCCCCCUCACAGCCCCAGCUUUGUUGAGACUUCAACGUCAAGCACUGGCCUUCAGUCAAGCCCGACUGUGUCCUCACAGCGCUGCGUACCCAGUCUCCAUCAACCUUUCCUGGCACCCACUGCUGAAAAAAGCCCCUCCCUCCCCCCUCCGCCACAGCCCUGCCGAGCCAUGGCGACCAGCGUCAUCCGCCACACUGCAGACAGCACCCCCUGCCAACACCACAUUCCAAUGGCCCCCAAUUCAGAGAAAACUAGAGACACUGUAAUGGCUACAAUGGUCUGCCAGCAGCAGCAGCAGCAACACAUUAUAAGGACUGAGCAGAUAACCUCACCUCCAUGUCUUCCUGCUCCUCUGACACCAUUAAAGACAGAACACCACCCCAGUACCUCAAAUACCUAUUGGGACAGUGUAUCCACCCCCACUCCCAUCAACACUCAACUGCAAAACAACCCACCCCCUCCCUCUGUUGCUGCAACAUUGUCCCCACCUCCAGUCAGAAGCCCUCAAAUCAUCUGCCAGAUGUUCCCUGUCAGUAGCCAAUCAGGGAUAAUCUCAGCCUUCAUCCCCAGCACGGUUCAGACCUCAGCUACUGGAAUUCAGACUACCACCACAACCCUCCUCCCCCAGCACACCUCAGCGAGCACCACCCCUGUCCAGCAGUCCCUCAUUGUGGGCUCAGCUGUGCACCAGGGCACGGUGAUGCUGGUCCUCCCUCAGUCCUCAGUGUCUCAGGCCCCUCACUGCCCUCAGACUGUCAUGACCCUGGGCAACACCAAGCUGCUUCCUCUGGCCCCGGCCCCUGUGUACGUGCCAGCAGGACCCAGCAGCAGUACUGCACCCACAAAAAUGGACUUUUCUCGCAGGAGAAACUAUGUGUGCAACUUCCCAGGCUGCAGGAAGACAUACUUCAAGAGCUCACACCUCAAGGCUCACCUGCGAACACACACAGGUGAGAAGCCUUUCAGCUGCAGCUGGGAUGGCUGUGAUAAGAGGUUUGCCCGCUCUGACGAGCUCUCCCGCCACCGGCGAACACACACUGGGGAGAAAAAGUUUGUGUGUCCCGUGUGCGACCGGCGAUUCAUGCGCAGUGAUCACCUCACCAAACAUGCACGACGCCACAUGACCACAAAGAAAAUUCCCUCCUGGCAGGCUGACGUUAGGAGCUUGAACAAAAUGGCUGCUGGCAAAACACCUCCUUCAAAACCUGGCCUUGCCACACUUAGCAUGCUUGUACCUGCCAGCUCUAAGUAGACAAUGAACACCACCAUCCCACCCACUCCCAAGAUACCACAGGGAUACAGGGAGUAGCCAAGCACACAAGGCUACUGCUCUUUUACUCAUGGGAUUGAGAAAAACAAAAAAAUAUGCACUGGACUCCUUUUUUUCCCCUUUCAACUGUUAAUUUGUAUGUGUAAUUUCUCUAAAGGAUUCUUUUGUUUACUUUGAUACAUGUGAUAAUUUGUAUGCACCCUUGCCAAAGCCUUUGUAUGAAGUCUGUUUUACACAUUUCACCUCCUCAGCCCCUGUUGUUUUAGUCAGUACAGAUUGAAUAUAUAUAUAUAUACACGUCUAUGUGAAUGUAUUGUGUGUUGUAUGAAAUUCAUAUAUUUGUCAUAUCUGGGAAAAUAUUGAUAUGAAACACAAUGUAAAUAUGAAUAUUAAUCAACAAAAUUAUGAUUAUAACUUGAUUAUAUCUCCUGUAUAACUUUUCAUAUUAUUUAAUACAUAUUUGUAAUAAAAAAAGAUUACAAGAUAA